CUUGCGGCUUGUUUCCUUCGAGAAUAUUUCCUCCAUUUAAAAGAGCAAAUUAUUAGAAAAUUAGAAAAGAAAGCAAUGUGAAAAAUGGUAAUUGUUCAUCAUUCUUAGAUGAUCCAAUUCAGUAAAUAACCAACUCAAGAAGCAGCAAUGAUGGAUACAAACGCAAUGGUGAACAUAUCAAGUAUGGCUAGCAGUCUGGCUUCCAGCCUUGCCAACUCCAGCAACGUGUCUGGUUUCUCCAAUAAUGCAAACAUGUCCUCAGCGUUUGGUAACAUGGGAACCGCCAUGGGAACCCCCAACAGCAUGGGCUCUGCUUUCGGCCAAAAGUACAUGGUAGAUCAAAUGUCCUGGAAUACACAGAAAUAUGGAGCGGAGAUUCCAUGGGCAACUCAGUUUGGGCUAGGGCGCAAAACAACGGGCGAGAUGUCGCCGGGAGCAAGGAAGCCCAUGACUGGUAUGAGCGCCCCCAUCCAGUCCCUCCCUACCCAGGGGCAGCAAGCCUUCAACAUACAGAUGCCAAAACAGAAUCGAAAAUCGGCUGGAUUCUUUGGAGAAGAUGAUGAUCAGGAGACAAGCAUGUUCCUGCCCCAAAACAUGUUCAGAACGGACAAAGACAUGCUGAACCAGUCCCAGUCUCCGUCAAACGCUUCCAGCUUUGGGAACAACUUCUACCCACAAGGCAGUCUCGGUUCGUAUGGCAUGACUCAGCAGCGGGGUCCAAUCUCCGGUGGUCCCCAAUUCCAGCGCAAUCUCACGCCCACAAGUCUAGGGAAUCAGUCGUUCACUCCAGGAACAGGCAUGCCACAAAAUUCACCUAACAGAGGGGUGAUAUCUGCGAUAGGCCAGCAUCGCAUGAUGAGCACGUCCCAGGCCGGCCAGCAGGGUCCCAUAUCCACCCUUCAGAAGCGGCCUAUUGGCUCUGGACUUACUGGCUCUGCGCCAAUUUCAAACCUGUCGGCUUCUUUCGGUUUCGGGUCUCGGCCAGACAGUUCACAACCCAAUUUCGACCCAUCCGAGUUCCCAUCAUUAAGCAACCGUAUCGCACCUCAAAACUCAUUAUCUGGGGGAAACCCACGAAACUAUGGUGAGUUGGACUUCAUUCAUACGGUGGGCAUGGUGAAGAAUCCAGUGCAAGAUCAGACACCCGAGUUCCAGAUACAACAGGAGGACUUCCCAGCACUGCCUGGGGCACAGAAUACCUUAUCGAUGUUCGUGUCAGAUCCUCAAAAUGGUGGCAAUACUGACCCUAGUAAAAAGCCGCCAACCAGCCUGUUGAGUGGCUCCUCCUCCUAUGGUCAGGCCUUGAACAAGGAUAGCAGCCUCAUGGACAAGGCUGGGUCAUCCGGUCAGCCGCAUCGCGGGAUUCAGGUCGCACCGGACGCCACCGGCAACACGUGUCGUAUCACCAACAUCCCCGCGGGCAUGGUAGGAGACCAGUUUGGGAUGGUGGGCCUGAUGAUGUUCAUCAAGUCGGACGAGAUGAACCCCAAUUUCCUGACGCUGGCGCCGGGCAUAGAUCUCACCACCCUUGGCCUCAACCUCAACUCUCCUGAGAACCUGUACAGCACUUUCCAGUCCCCCUGGGUGGACAUCCCGUGUCGACCACAGGACAUUGACUUUCACGUGCCCUCAGAGUAUCUCACCAACAUCUACAUCCGAGAAAAGUUGUCACCCAUCAAACUGAAUCGCUAUGGGGAGGACCUGCUAUUUUUCCUCUUCUACAUGAACGGUGGGGACAGACUGCAACUGGCAGCAGCUACUGAACUGUACAAUCGAGACUGGCGGUAUCACAAAGACGAACGUGUUUGGUUAACGCGACCUCCAGGGAUAGAACCCGCCAUCACCACAAGUACCUAUGAGCGCGGAACAUACUACUUCUUCGACGUGCAGAACUGGCGCAAGGUUGCCAAGGAGUUCUACCUAGAAUAUGACAAGCUGGAGACGCGACCUUCACCCCUCCCUACCAAGCUGCAUUACAAUCCCAAUCAGCCCGUUGAAGCCCAUUAGCGAUGAAGUAAUCGGCCAAUCAGAGUCAAAGUGUUCAAUCUUGGUGCUUUUGGUGCUUGGUUAUAGAACGAUCUGAGUCAGGAAAGAGCUUGUGAUCAGCUGAUUUUAUCUUUAACAUCAGUUUUUAAUUAUAGAGCAUAGUUACAGAGUUGUUUCUGACUUUUAAAAAUGAUGAUCUAGUUCAUCUUCAUACAAAAUACUGAACUAAUUAAGAUGGUUGUAUACGUUGUAAUCAAAUUAAACUAAUAUAGGAAGAUUUAAUAUGCAACUUUUUGGAGCAAACAAUUUUACAUUCAGUUUGAUUACAGACAAUUACAUACCGUUAACAAAAUAACCAUAUAGCAAAAACUGAUAGAUAACUUUUGACUAUUGUUUAGGAUUAUUUAUGCCAAAAUACAAAUUCAGUAAAAAAGACAUACCAUUGAUACGUUGAUGUUUAAAGAAAACAAUAAUUAUAAUCCAGUCUAAAAAGUGAUGUGUGCAUUAAAAUUUCAUAGAUAAAAUAUGGUAUUGUUAACAAGCAAUUUUCGUAAAUUUUUCAAAUAUUUUGGUCUGAAUAAUAGUUGUUUUAUUCACAUAAUCACAGUUAAUAUUCAUGCAAAUAAAGAAAGACUUGUUGUGUAAAGUGGUUCAAUAUUAUAAUCCAUUUGGAAAUAAUUAACCAUCUUGAUUGGUUACAAAUCUUAAAGUGGGUAUGCACGAUUUUGUAAAAUAUUUAAGAAUUUAUAUAAAAUGUGUAAAAAACUUAUUAUACAUAUAUUUCAAUAUAAAUUAAAAUAAAAGUUAGGAAGAACAUGUGUCGAAAAAUGCGAAUUAAGCAAGAUAUUUAAUUCUGAAAUCGAAAAUGUCUGUACAGUCGAAUUCGCCAGUAUUUAUAUCAUGCAUGUACGAUGUGAAUCUAAAUUUGUCUUUGCUGAAUUUUAUGAAAUUCGUCAUCAAUGUAUAAUUUUUCUUGCCUAUUUUGUGUUAUUGUAACAUAUUUUUAUCAAUAUACAACAAUUUAACACAUAAUCAAAAUCGUGCAUACCCACUUUAAGAUAAAAACGACUCUUAAUAAUUGAUAUGUAUGUGUAAAACAAUAACAUGAAAAAAAUAAUGUAUUUGCUAUAAUCAAUUAUCAAAUAUUUAUUGAAACUAUAAGUAGAAAACACUGACUUUGCUAUGACCAGAAACAUUUUCAGGUCUUUAAUAUUUGUAUUUUAAACACAGGUUAACAAAGGUUAGUUAUACCUGAUUGUUCUGCUACCGAAGUGCCAAUGCCCAAAGAUUUAUUGUUAGGUUGAGAGCUCAUUGUGUACAUAAAUAAAUCAUUGUCGAUGCAAA